AUGGCCUCCCCCGCCCCCAAAGGCCCGCUCUACAUCGGCUUCGACCUCUCCACCCAGCAACUAAAGGGUCUGGUCGUCAACUCCGACCUUAGAGUUGUCUACGUCUCCAUCUUCGACUUCGACGCCGACUCGCACGGCUUCCCCAUAAAAAAGGGCGUGCUGACCAACGAGGCCGAGCACGAGGUGUUCGCGCCCGUCGCGCUCUGGCUGCAGGCGCUGGACAGCGUGCUGAAUGGACUGAAGAAGCAGGGUCUUGAUUUCAGUCUUGUGCGUGGUAUCAGCGGCGCGGGCCAGCAGCAUGGCAGUGUUUACUGGGGCGAGAAUGCGGAGAAGUUGCUGAAUGGGCUGGAUGCGAAGCGCGGGCUGGAGGAGCAGCUUGCAGAUGCCUUUUCACACCCGUUUAGUCCCAAUUGGCAGGAUUCGAGUACCCAGAAGGAGUGUGAUGAGUUUGAUGGGUUCCUGGGGAGCCAGGAGAAGCUGGCAGAGGUGACGGGGAGCAAGGCGCAUCACAGAUUUACUGGGCCUCAGAUUUUGCGAUUCCAGAGAAAGUACCCGGACGUGUAUAAGAAGACGUCUAGGAUAUCGCUGGUUUCGUCUUUUAUUGCGUCGCUGUUCCUUGGCCAUGUUGCGCCCUUUGACAUUUCCGAUGUCUGCGGUAUGAACCUGUGGAACAUCCACAAAGGUGCAUAUGACGAGGAGAUCCUGAAACACUGCGCUGGCCCGCAUGGCGUAGACGACCUCAAGCGCAAGCUCGGCGAUGUCCCUGAAGACGGAGGCAUCGACCUAGGCAAGGUGCACCGUUACUACAUUGACCGAUAUGGCUUCAGCCCUGAGUGCACAGUCGUUCCAUCCACAGGUGACAACCCUGCCACCAUCCUCGCCUUACCCCUCCGACCCUCCGACGCCAUGGUCUCCCUCGGCACCUCUACCACCUUCCUCAUGUCAACCCCCAGCUACAAAGCCGACCCUGCAACCCACUUCUUCAACCACCCUACAACCGCAGGGCUCUACAUGUUCAUGCUCUGCUACAAGAACGGCGGCCUCGCACGCGAACAAAUCCGCGACGCAGUCAACGCCUUCAAAAAAGACCCUAACCCCUCAAACCCAUGGGUCAACUUCGACUCCGUCGCCCUCGACACCCCACCCCUAGGUCAAAUUUCCCCAUCGGACCCCAUGAAAAUGGGCCUCUUCUUCCCCCGCCCCGAGAUCGUCCCCAACAUACACUCCGGCCAGUGGCGCUUCACCUACGACCCGGCUUCAGGAGCCCUCACAGAGACCAAGCGGGGCUGGGACAAACCCCUCGACGAAGCACGUGCAAUCAUCGAAAGCCAGCUCCUCUCCCUCCGUCUCCGCUCCCGCGGGCUCACAUCCAGCCCCGGCGGCGGAAUCCCGGCCCAGCCGCGCAGGGUAUACCUUGUUGGCGGCGGGUCCAAGAACAAGACCAUUGCGAAGAUCGCCGGUGAGAUCCUAGGUGGCAGUGAGGGUGUGUAUAAGCUCGAGAUUGGCGAUAACGCUUGUGCGUUGGGCGCUGCGUAUAAGGCUGUUUGGGCGAUCGAGCGGACCAACGGACAGACCUUUGAGGAUCUGAUUGGGCAGCGGUGGCAUGAGGAGGAGUUUAUUGAGAAGAUUGCGGAUGGGUAUCAGAAGGAGCCGUUUGAGUUGUAUGGGAAGGCCGUCGAGGGAUUUGAGAAGAUGGAGGUGCAGGUUUUGGAGCAGGAGAAGAAGAAAAAAGCUUGA